UCCGCCUCACCUUCAUGGCCGCGCGCACAGCGCAGGUGAGUCAAGCACCUUGGUUGGUUGAUUUCGGUUCACGCGCACGGGAGAGAAAUGUCACCGGGACGACACGGAUAGCAGCGUGGUGUUUGCUUGAGAUUGAGCGUCGUUUUUCCAUCAUCAAGUAUAAACGGCGGACACACACACACACACACACACACAGCUAUGAAGGCCUCACAUGUGCUACCCGUGACACUUCUCAUUUCGACCGCUUUGGUGGGGAUCACUAAAAUACGCGAAAUGAACCAGGACAAAGACAAAAGACAGCACGUCUUCCAGGACAUCAAGCUGCGCGUGACCUACGAUGUGCUGCAGGACUAUCAGAGCACGCUGGAAGAGACGAGAACUUUACUGGAGAAGACCCAGAGUGCGCAGAAAGCGCUGGAGGAGGAAGUGAAGUUGCUUCAGGUCAAAGCGAAUCGGGCUAAGGGUGAUGUGGACGUCUGCGUGGCAGGCAAGAAACCUGCAAACGAUGAGCUGGUAUCGGUAGAGAUAGAAUUAAAAAAUCUCGAAGCUGAACACAAAAAGGUGAUGAGCGCCUUAGGAACAGAAUUGGAAAAUCAGAAAAAGCAACUAGCAGCACGUAGCGCGGUGUGUGGCUUCUUGAAACCAGGAUCACAACCACCAAGCCAGCUGUGUAGCAAGGAAGGGAUCGUAGAGGGCCCUAAAGAGGAAGCACCAAAGGCAGAGGCCCCCAAACCAGAGGAACCAAAGGCAGAGGCCCCUAAACCAGAGGAACCAAAGGCAGAGGCCCCCAAACCAGAGGAACCAAAGGCAGAGCCCCCUAAACCAGAGGAACCAAAGGCAGAGGCCCCCAAACCAGAGGAACCAAAGGCAGAGGCCCCCAAACCAGAGGAACCAAAGGCAGAGGCCCCCAAACCAGAGGAACCAAAGGCAGAGGCCCCCAAACCAGAGGAACCAAAGGCAGAGGCCCCCAAACCAGAGGCUCCAAAGGCAGAGGCCCCCAAACCAGAGGCUCCAAAGGCAGAGGCCCCCAAACCAGAGGCUCCAAAGGCAGAGGCCCCCAAACCAGAGGCUCCAAAGGCAGAGGCCCCCAAACCAGAGGCUCCAAAGGCAGAAGCCCCCAAACCAGAGGCUCCAAAGGCAGAGGCCCCCAAACCAGAGGCACCAAAGGUAGAGGCCCCCAAACCAGAGGAACCAAAGGCAGAGGCCCCUAAACAGGAAGUACCUCAAGCAAAUGCUCCUAAGAAGAGAUGAGAAAUGACAACCUGCUUUUUUGUAAUUUACCUUUCAAAAACACAACAAGAUUCCAGCACAUUGCUUCAGUGGGCCAGUUUUUAUCAGAGCCACAAGGAUGACUACCUGGUACAGGACUGUGGUGUUCAGAGAUAUUCUUUUUUUUUUUAUGUAACAAAAUUAUUAUUUAAGCUACAUUUUGAGGUGGACAUACUUUUUUGUUUCUGCGAUGGGGCAAAAUGUUUUUUUAAUCAGCGGCUUGUGCAGGUGUGGCUCGAGGGUUCUCUUAACAUUUUUUGAUAAGUGAAAUGCAAUGUAAUAUAUAAUUGACUAAAAAGAGAGAGUGUUGAUUUAUAGUUUCUUUUCUUCAUGUCGUCAGUUACUGGAUAUCUCUUCCGUUGGUUGUCUUCCGUAAUUCCGUUGGUAUUUAUGGCACAAAUAAAAUAACUGAGUUAGUAUUGUUCAUAAAGGUGACACGUAUACAGUCAUUUUUCAUUGAUUUUCAUUCAUUUCAAUGUACCCUUUUUCAGUUGAACUUCGAAAUCUGCUAUCAGUAGAUAUGUGGUGGUUUUGUAGUUAGGAUAUUUAGAAAAAAAGAGUAAAACACAAUUAUUCGUUCAUAGGGAACUAAUCACUAAUCGAGAUCGCCAACUUCAAAGAGCAACGUUUUGUUCCUUGAACACUAGCAGUGCACAUGCACUUUUUUGUUGCAGGAUUAGUAUGUCAAACUGCUUCUCUUCUGAAUAUACAAACCGUAAUGUGAAAAGUUUAGGACUUAACAAAUAGGAAGUUGUCAAAUGGUUGACCACUAAAAUUUGUAUUUUGGUCACAACUCAUUUUAUUUGGAAAUGCUGUGUGUGUUUGUGUGAGACAAAAGCUAAACACAUAUGUGAGGUCUAGUAUCUUUACCACCACAAAAACAAAUGCAGAUCUGUGUGCUCUGUUAUUUGACUGAAUGUAAAUUGGGAACUCUGGAAAGAAACCAAGAAGUUGAAACCAGGAAGAGAAAAAGCAAGUUAAACAUUCUCCCUCUCUCUGUUUAUCUUGCGUAGCAGCUUUUGUUGCUGUACAUUACACUUUUAUAGCUUUUUAACCUUAACAUUUUCCACUAUAUGUUAGAUAACUCCCCCAAUGCUGAAAACACAUAAAUAGGUAUUGAAUAAUCGUUGUUAACCUUGUCUGACUCUCUCUUUCUUAGUGACCCUGCCUCAGGGUGUGUGUGUGUGUGUGUGUGUGUCAGACCAAAGCACCGACCAAUCCGAGAACACGAAGCCUUUGUCUGUCUCCCUCUAUAAACUUCACUCUGUUAUCCCGGUGAUAACAGCUCCAUGUAGUUUGUAUUUGGCUGAUCCUAAACCUUCACUAUGUAUUUAUUCUAGAGCUUCCAAUAACAUGUUGCACAUUGUUUCUUUUUGAAUUAUAUUUUAAACCAUAUAGAACAAAUACUCAAAAGGGCAUUUUUUUCGUUUGUGGAUUAAUACUAGAACAGCUGUUUGGAAAGAUGCUAAAUCAUCCAGAUUUUGCAUCUUUCUAUCAUUCUGGAACAUUUUCAACAAAACAUCAACUAUACAGGGUUCAUGAUAUUAAAGCCACAACAUUCUGUUUUGUGUUGAUUAUUGCUGUUGCUCUCUGCUCUGUUCUGUUCUGUUCUGUUGGACUGGUUCUUCAGGUUUUUCUCCAUUUUAUUGUGUGCGUUGUAAACUUUCCAUGGUAUUUUUUGUACACUCAGUCGUGACAAUACUAACUUGACAGUGUGGUGUUUCCUGUUUUUAGCUCUAUUCAUUCUCACUGCAUUGUGCAUCGCCUGAACAUCUCAUUUUGUGGUGAUUAUGGUAUUUGUCCUGGAGAAAAGCGCAGGUGUUUGGGUCCUGAAUUCUGCCGUGACUUCCCUGCCUCUGAUUCGUCCCGGGUGGCUGCAGGCUGGAUGCGGCAGAGGAGCCGCAUCUGGCUGCACUGAAUGUCUGUUUUUGUAUUUGUGCUUAUUUGUGGUACGUUUUGUAAUGCAACCUUAUGGUGUAAUGAUCUCAUGCCCUGUUGUCAUCAGUCUGUUUCUAUCAAGAUCAAGACCUCUAUCGCACCAAAAUGUUCCAAUCCUCAUCUUCUACCUUUUCUUUAUAACAAAGUGGGUGUACUUUUUAAUACACUGUACAAUAAUGUACUUUACAAUCACCUCAUCUUCCCACCACGUGAGAAAAUUAGUGACUUUUGUACUUUGUUUGCUUCAAAGUUCAUAAAGUUGAUGUUGUAAUGCUGUAUCGUUUCAAGCAAUUGGAUAUAAAAACACUUGAUUAAUACAUAAGCUGAAUAUAGAAUAUACAUUUGCAUUGAAUCCUGCCCCAAUAACUUUAUAUUCUCAAACUGAAACUAGGUUUUGAUUGCUGCAGAUUUUAAUCAUUGGACCUUAAACGUGAGUGAAAAAUAAAGUUUGUGCUGAUAGGGGGAAAUUAUUUUGCCCUGCUUAUUUCAGACUGUUGGAAGA